AUGGCGCCAAUUCAGACGAUAGAACAUUUCCGCGUGAAACCACGCUGGCUGUUUGUCAAACUCACCGAUGCGGAGGGGAGAUCUGGCUGGGGCGAGGCGACACUGGAAGGACACAGUUUGGCGGUUGAGGGGGCUUUGGAUGAGUUGACGACCAGGAUUCUGGGGAUGGAGGCCAAUGAAAUCGAACGUAUAUGGCAGACAGCGUACCGACAAGGGUUCUAUCGUGGAGGUGCGGUUUUCAUGUCUGCGCUGGCUGGGAUUGAUAUUGCGUUGUGGGAUUUGAAAGCACGAAAUCUAAACGUGCCGAUAUACGAACUUCUGGGUGGUAAGCGCAACCCGGAACACAGCAUUAACAAUCUUGAUAGGAAAGCACGGAGCGAACAAGGGCUGAAGUGCAUCAAAAUGAACGCAACAGAAGACCUAGACUGGCUUGACUCACCCGCAGCCCUCGACUCCGCCAUCGAACGCCUUGCCAAAGUGAAGGCGCUUGGCAUGGACGCCGCCCUUGACUUCCACGGCCGGCUACAUAGACCUAUGGCGAAGCAGCUGGCUAGAGCUCUAGAACCACAUCGACCCCUCUUCAUAGAGGAACCAGUACUGGUCGAGCAUCCCGAAGGGAUAAAGCAGAUCUCAGAUAUGACCAGCAUACCCAUUGCGCUCGGGGAACGCCUGUACAGCCGCUGGGACAUAAAGCGCUUCCUCGAAGAUGCUUCGGUAGACAUUCUGCAGCUGGAUGUUGCUCACGCCGGAGGCAUCUCCGAAUUGAAACGCAUUGCCAACAUGGCUGAACCGUAUGAUGUUGCUAUUGCGCCUCAUUGCCCCCUGGGUCCUCUUGCUCUUGCUGCAUGUCUCCAGGUUGACUUGUCGAUAUCGAAUUUUGGUAUCCAGGAGAUGAGUUUGGGAAUCCAUUAUAACACUGAAGCUGGGGAUAUUGAUUUGGGCUUUUACUUGAAAGAUCAGACUAUUCUGGAUAUCAAAGAUGGAUAUGUACAUGCACCCAAGGGCCCUGGUCUGGGUAUCGAGAUUGAUGAGGAUAUGGUAAGAACGAUAAGUAAGGAGACAGAGCCUUGGCAGCCAAAGGGCUUUCACGGACCGGAUGGAAGCAUUCGAGAGUGGUGA